AUGUUUUUUUUUUAGUUUUUAAAUUGUUGUGUUCAGUGCGGUUGUUAUUCUUUCCUCCUCGAAAAUCAUUGUCAAAAAUAAUAGUGCAUGUACAUAUUUUUUACUUUUUUGUUUGUUUUAUAUGUUUUGUGUCGUCCAUAAUCAAAAUGCUUCGUGUACCCCAAAUUCGCAUGCUCAUGCGUACAUUCAAACAAAUGCGUAACGUGCGUGGGUAUGCCUCUCAAGCAAUCACUGCCAUGUUGCAGUUGCAGCAAACUGAAAUUUGUGCCGAUCCACCGUCUCGCGGCUUAGUGUUGGGUGUAUAUUCUGACGAGGAGGAUAAGAGUGAUGCCGGUAUAUUAACACCCGCUGCGUGGAGGUACAACAUCCAAAAGACAAAUGGUCGACUUCUAGAAGUUUUGCGUAUGUCUGGGCCGAUGCCUAAACGUGGUGAAGCCCGUCUUCUAUUUGCUGUAGAUUCUGAAAAAAUUCCCUAUUAUUCUGUGGUUGCUGUUGUAGGGCUAGGCAGAGAAUGUCUUGGCUACAACCCAUAUGAGGUACUAGAUGAACAGAAAGAAGCAAUACGACGUUCAGUUGCCAAAGCAUGCAUGGAUUUGGCACUUUUAGAAACUGAUCGAAUUGAAAUAGAAAGCUGUGGUCAUGCAGAAUCAGCGGCCGAAGGUGCUGCAUUAGGCAUAUGGGCUUAUCAAGAAUUAAGAGAACCGAAAAGACGUAUUGGUGUGCCAUCUAUUGAUUUAUAUACCCAUAAGGAUGAAAUUUGUGAUAUUGAAGGCUGGCGAAUAGGAUUACAAAAAGCUUCCGCUCAAAAUUUAACACGUCAAUUGCAAGAAAUGCCAUCAAAUCUUCUAACACCAACAUCAUUCGCUCAAAAUGUUGUAGAGGUCCUCUGUAAGUCAGGUGUAAACGUGGAAGUUAAAGUCGAAGGAUGGGCUGAAAGUCAGUCAAUGCAUGCGUUCUUGUCUGUUGGUAAAGCAUCUUGUGAACAGCCUAUAUUUCUCGAAUUAAGUUAUUAUGGUACCUGUGCUGACGAACGUCCUAUUGUUUUAGUAGGACAGGGAAUCACAUACGAUAGUGGUGGCUUAUGUUUAAAAGCAAGACAAGAACUGUUUCACAUGCGUGGAGAUAUGACUGGAGCUGCCGUUGUUGUGGCUACCUGUCGUGCAAUUGCUGGUUUGCGUUUACCGGUUAACAUUCGCGGACUAAUUCCGCUUUGCGAGAAUGUACUUGGAUGUAACUCUUUUCGCCCUGGUGAUAUAGUAAAGUCAAUGAAUGGUAAACACAUUGAAAUUCAAUGCACUGACCACGAAGAUGUGCUCGUUUUGGCCGAUGCAUUGCUGUAUGCACAGAACUUCUGUCCUAAAUGCAUUAUUGAUAUUGGUACAACAUCUGGUGGUAUGCGUCAAGCCUUGGAUGAAGCAGCUAGCGGAGUGUUUACCAAUUCUGAAAUCCUUUGGCAACAAAUAAAGCAUGCCAGCAUGCACACUGGUGAUCGAGUAUGGCGUUUACCUUUAUGGGAUUAUUAUUCUCAUCUUUUAACCAGUAGUGGUCGCUCUGAUGUGCAGAAUUACGGUAUAGGCCGUGGUGCUCGUCCUUGUAAGGCAGCUGCCUUUUUACGAGAAUUUGUACCUUGCGGCCAGUGGAUGCACAUUGAUGCAACAAAUACUAUGGUUACUAAUGGCAAAAACUUUGAAUAUAUACGUGAGGGUAUGGCCGGCCGGCCAACGCGAACUUUGGUUGAAUUUAUUGCCCAAACUAUUUGCAAGGAUACUGCUCCUAAAUUAACUACUGCUAAGAACUAAAUACUAAAUAAAGGCAAAACAUGUUCAAGCGUACGCAUUGCCAUGAACUACGUUAUGACUUGAACUACUAACUACCUGAUUUGACUUCAUAAUACCAUACAGUGCUGUAAUAAUUUGAUUUGUCUUGAGCUGUCUUUCCUCCUUCUCUGAUGUUUAAUAUUAAAUCUUAGAUGUAAGCAAUUUGUAGUGAAAAUUUUAAAGUACCGUGAAAUUAUAUUUUAAAACAUAUUUGCAUGUAUAUAUUUAUUAUAAAAAAUUAUAUUAAUAAAAUGUCUUAUUUAAAUUCUUGCGA